AUGGGCAAACCACUGGAUCCCGUGGACCUACCCUCUGAGUACCUACCCUCUGAGUACCUACCCUCCGAUAGCGAGUACCAGUUGUCAGACGUCGACCCCGCUACAAAGAACGCCACUGACCAAAUCCAAACGCCCAAGACAAACGACAGUACAUCGCAAGAAUCCUUACUACAAACAAUCCGACGAUAUCCCAGGGUUGUGGGCUAUGUCUUCGGUCUCUUGUCAGUAUUUCUUCUGACGGGAUACGACACUUGUGUAGUAGGCACCAUUCCCUCAGUACCACAAUUCCAAAUAGACUAUGGCGAGCAGUUUGGUCCCAACAAAAACAACUACAUUAUCCCCUCACUGUGGCUGUCGCUCUGGAAUGCCCUCCCAAGUAUCGGGCAAAUGGCAGGCGGUAUAGCAGCAGGGUCUUUGCAGGACCGAGUGGGCCGACGGUGGCCGUUAGCCGUGGGCAGCGUUCUAUCUGCUGUCGCAGUGGCUGUGACGUGCUUGUCGAGUUUGCCGGCAGACGUCCUGACUCGCCGCGUCGUGUUUCUCGUUGCGGAGAUAGUGCAAAGUUUCGCCUUGGGCAUGGCCCUGGCCGCUGCGCAGACAUACAUCUCCGAGACCGUGCCGACCAGCCUCCGUGGCCCCGCGAUGGCUCUCCUCCCGGCCUUCGACAUGAUCGGCCAGCUGCUCGGCUCUUUAGUUGUCUUGUUGUGGUCUGGCGGCACUUCCAGCAGCGCAUACAUGGUUUCCUACAAUUCCAUGUGGCCUUUUUCGGCGAUCCCGCUGCUGGUAGCCGUGCUUCUCCCCGAAAGCCCUUCCUACCUUGUUCGAAAGGGGGAUCUAGCUCGCGCACGCCGCUCCUUGAAGAAACUGCACACUGCCAGGGUGGACAGUAACCAGCUCCUCGAAGAGCUGAAGGAGACCAUUGAGUCCGAGAAGAAGGGCCAAGGCCAAAAGGUCUCCUACCGCGAUUGUUUCCGCGAUGAGAACAAGCGACGCACGAUGAUUUCCAUGUUUGGCGCUUCCAUGCCAGUUCUGUUUGGGACCUCUUUGCUGGCAUCUGCCAGUUACUUCUUGCAGACUUUAGGCAUGGAUGCUAAAGACAGUCUCUUGAUGCUCGUGUUGGGGGUUGCCCUAGCCUUGAUUGGCAACGGCGUAGGAGUCUGGCUGACCAGCUGUGUUGGUCGUCGGCGGCUUAUUUUGGUUUCCCUGUCUAUCACGACAGUAGUAUGGCUUUCCAUGGGAAUAUCAGGAUGUUUCUCAGGCAUCGCAACUGCCUGGUAUGCUGGUGCGUGUAUGGUGAUUGUCAGCGUAGUCUGCUCCAUGGGCGCAUGGCCCGCCUGCUUCGCAGUCGUGGGAGAAACCUCCUCGUUGCAUCUGCGAGCCAAGACCCAGGGUCUCUGUGUCGUCAUUUCUGAUCUGUGGAGCCUUGUCUUCAGUAUUGUCCUGCCCUACCUCUACAACUCGGACGCUGCCGAUCUGGGUGGUAAACUGGGGUUUAUCUAUUUUACUCUGGGAGUAUUCACUGUUUUCGGGACCUGGUGGAUGAUCCCAGAAAUGAAGGGGCGCAACAUAUCUCAAAUUGACUUCAUGUUCAGGAUGGGACUGUCGACGAGAAUGUUCCGCGGGUGGUCGGACGAGGUGGAGAGUGAAGACACACGGGUUUUGGCUCGGCGUUUGAGGCAAUAG